UUUAGCCACCCACCCACCUAUAUAUAUAAUAUACGUGUGUGUAACAAACACAUACUCACUAAAGUUGAUAACUUUAAUUUCCUAAUUAAAGUUAUGGAACAAAAUUGGAGGGUGAGGAAUGGCAUGAUUGAUUUCACUCCAUUCUUGUUGUAUGAGUCAUCUGCUGAUUCUGAUGAUGCCAACAUAAAUGUUCAUCAUCAUCAUCAUCAUGAUCAUCAUCUACAUCAUCAUAAUCAACAACAUCAUCAACAAGAGCAAGAGCAAGUGCAAGAGCAAGGAGUCAUGGAUGAUCAUGAUGCUGAAUCUUGGAGUUAUGAUCAUUCUUUCCAUGCUAAUGUCAAAGCCCAUGAUCAUAACCAUCAUCAAGCUCAUGGGUAUGAUCAUAAUCAACAUCAAGCUUAUGGGUAUGAUCAUAAUCAACAUCAAGCUUAUGGGUAUGAUCAUAGUCAUCAUCAAGCUCAUCAAGGGUAUGAUCAACAUCAUCAUCAAGCUUAUGGGUAUGAGCAUAACCAUCAACAAGGCCAUGGGUAUGAUCAUGGACAUGGUUAUAACUAUAAUCAUUAUGGUUAUGAUAAUACUAAUAAUAAUAAUAAUCAUUAUGGUUAUGAUGAUGGUGAGGAAGAUGUUGAUGAUGAUAAGAAUUGGGGAGAUAGCAAGAUGAUUGGCCAACAAAAGAGAUGGUGUGAUUCUUCUAAUAUGGAUGACAGACAGUUUUGGAAAAAUUGUUUGGGUUCUUGAUUUUAUUUUAGAAAAAUGAAAAAAGAGAAAUAAAGAUAUAGAUCCAUAAAAGGUUUGUUGGAUCUUGACUCAAAUGAUUCUUGACAUUUGAGCAAAUUUUCUUUAAUUAGUGUUUUUAUUUCUUCCCACUCCAUAUUACAUAUGUUUUAUAUUUUUUCAUCAAAGUUGCCACCUUUUUUCUAUGCAAAAGUUCAUAUCCUUUAUAUA